AUGACAAGUCUAUCAUCGAGGGAUCGUGCUAUUUCGGUUAAAACAUUAAUUUGCUUUCUUCAAACUCUCAUUGGACAGAAGACUUGGAUUGAGCUUAAAAAUGAUUUCAUAUUAGUUGGUACUGUUAAACAGGUUGAUGCUUGCAUGAAUAUUGAACUCAGUGAGGUUUUAGUGAAGAAGCCGGUUAACCUCGUUAACAGUGAUUACAAUCAGUCUAACCUUGAUUAUAUGUUUGUAAAGGGUACCCGAAUAAGAUAUGUUUCUGUGCCUGAUGAGAUAGAUGUUAUUGAAAAUAUUAACCAAGGGAUUGAAAAUAUUAGAAGUCAUCAUUCACAACGCGUCAACUCUACCAGAAGGGUUCCAAAAGCUGUUAACAAAGACAAUUCUGUACCCAACUCAAAUUGA